AUGUCUUCUCUUGCCUCCUUCUGGCUUAUGUUGAUAGCCUCCUUCUGGAUUAGCCAUAGUCAACAGCCAGGUGAAAGUGACGUUUUUGAUACACCCGCUAUUAUGGCAGGUGAUGUCGUCAUUGGAGGUCUCUUUGAUAUAUACUACACCAAACAGCGCGUGAACUGUGAUGUCAGCUCCGUGGAUGUGUAUUCUGUUAUGGAGAUGGAAGCUGUAAAAUGGGCUCUUAAGCGUCUGAACGACAUUGAUUUCAUACCUGGAGUCAGUUUGGGAAUCUUAGCCUAUCCAACCUGUGGGGUGCCAUCCUUGUCUGCUCUACAAGCCAAUAAAUUUCUUCAACUUCUACGUGAAAACAAAACACCAAACAAAACCAAGAAACCGGUGUAUAUUAAAGCCGUAAUAGGACCAGCUUUCAGUUCGGAAUCUGAAGUCGUAUCCCGGAUGUUAAGCAGUGUUCCAGACGAAUACCAACUCCUUCAGAUGUCAUAUGCGUCGACAGCCGCUUUCCUGACAGAUGUAGAAAAAACUAAUCUUUAUCCAAACUUCUUUAGAACCAUUCCAUCCGAUCAAAUACAGAUAGAGUCAAUAGUGCAACUCCUAGUUCGUUUAGAAUGGACAUACAUUGGUAUAUUUCAUUCUGGUGAUGCUUAUGGCAAGGAUGCAGCGAGUGAACUGAAUGAAGCUCUUGCAAAGAAACGAAUUUGUGUCGCAGCUACGUAUAACUGCAACAAUGUACAUUCUAAAUUACGGAAUCAUUACCACGAAAUUCUACUCAAUAUCACUGUACUUAAAAUAAAAGGGAUUGUGCUUAUUGGAGAUGCUGAAAUGGCGCUUGCAUUUAUCGAAAGCAUUGGAACCGGUUCAUUUAUUCAAUAUCACCCAAUGCCAUCCAUAAUUUUUUCAGAGAGUGUUGGUUUACAGUCUCAGACCUUCAUCAAUUCAGAUUCCGGUCAAGUAUUUCCAGCAUCAAAGGGAGCAUUUGUUCUUUCACCCCCACACAAAGAAAUACGGGAAUUUUCAGAACACUGGAAUUCUCUCUUCUUCAAUGAAAGCAAAUACAAAGAAGAAGUUAUAUCUAAUCCCUGGCUGGAACAUAUGUACAUUGCAAAACACAAAUAUUCGAAUGCCAAAACCUUUCUGACAAAGUAUCCAGCGUCAACUUUUCUGCGAUACGCUGUCAUGGCAACAUACAGUGUGGCCAAAAUAAUCAAAGAUGUACACUAUAAUAUCUGCUCUGGUAGGAGAGGGUUAUGUUCCGAUAUGAAAGAAAAUCGAGGAGCAGACGUCAUAGCAACAGCAGCCCGAACUGUAGUGGAUUUUGAGAAGGAUUUUGAUCGGAAAGCAAGACUUGAAAACAUAACAGAGCAAAUCUCAUUCUCUAACGGUGGUGAUGUAAACUUCCACAAGACCGACUUAUUAUACGAAGUUUACAAUUUUCAGGCUUCUAAUAAAAGUCUUGAUUUCAAAUUUGUCAAAGUAGCAUCAUUAAAGAAAAUUGUAAGCUUGGUAAAAGACCAAACAACGGAGUUUUCAUUCUCAAAAGACAAGGUCAAGUUCUAUAACGAUCGGGGAAUGGCUAUUGAAGAGGUGAAGUCUGUCUGCCAGCCUAACACAACCUGCACCAAAUGUCUGUUACAUCAAGAUAACAAAACUCCCUUGUAUAUCCCUGGCGAUCUCAUUGUGGUUGUAACCUUUCCCAUUCAUGAUAGGUCCGCAGAACCUCUUCAUUGUGGUCCAGUCAGGCGCUCAAUCGGACUCGAUGUAGCGUUAGGUGCAAAGUUUCUGAUAGAAAAAUUGAACAGGGAGAAAGAAAUUUUCCCAAAUAAGCAAAUCGGUCUCCUCCUCCUCGAUACUUGCGAUGACCCUUUGCUGACCUCAGACAGCAUUCUUGAGCUUCAUCAGCUACAUGGAAAACUGAAUGACAUAGUUCCGGGUAUAUCUGAUAAGAUACUGGGAUACGCUGGCGGAUUUUCAAGUACUCCGACACUACAGGUGGCAGAAAUCACAACAGAGUUAAAAAUGGUUCAGGUUAGUUGUUGUGCUACUUCCGACUUACUAAGUGACAGACUAAACUACCCGUACUUUGUUGGUUUGGCAACUCCGCUAAAUUACACCACUCAGGUCAUGCUAAAGAUGGUUCAGAAGUUAGGUUCUACUCAUAUUCAAGUUCUCUUCUCGGACGGAAAAUAUGGCGAAUCGGCUGUCCGAUUGAUAAAGAAUCUUGCUCCUAGCUUUAACAUUUGUGUAUCUCAAACAGUCCAAGUUGACUAUGAAGACAUUGGGGAAUGGCAACACGGCCGUGAUGACAUUUAUUUUGAGAUAGAGCGUCACGGUCUUAAGAUUUAUCCUUCUGAAUCAAUAUGUGAAGAUGUAAUAAAAUCAGUACAAAACAGUGUUAUCGCGAAAGACAACAGCAACACUAUGAAUCUUGUAAAAACGAUUUUGCUGUCCAUUUUUGCGGGGAUUAUCCUCAUUCUUCUGGUAGCGUUUAUUUGUUUAUGCCAAAGAAAGUCCUAUCAUUUAUCAUCCAUGUCGUCUGUAACCACUACCAAAUCAGAAUACAAUUCUAUUGAUGAUCUCAGUUUUAUCAAUAUGAAAAGAGUAAGUUCUGACGUUUCCUUAAAACUGAGUGAGAUUUUUCACACCGAUUCUCCAUGUGGAACACCCAAAUCAGUAAGAUGCAUGUGUGACAUUAAGGAACACAUUUCUCAACAGAGAAAUGAAAAACUGUCUGCAAGCAACAGAAGUUCACCAAUAAUUCCGCACUUCAAAAACUUUCCAGGUUCGUCCUUGGAAAUUCCAAGUCAACGGAAGAUUUUACAUCAGAGAUUAAGAAGUGAACCUGCAUUGAAAAUAACUUCGCCAAGCACCACCAGACGUUUAAACUCUGAGCCUCUACCUCCAAUUCCCAAAUUACGUACAGAUUCAGUUGAUUUGCCCUACAUUCUGGAGCAUAAAUCAAGACGCCAACACUCCGAGCCAACUCUGCCAACUGCUAAUUUCAAUAGAUUAUUGUUUCAAAAUAGAAAUAGAAAGGAAAGUUUGCAAGAUCAUGGCUACAUUUCUCCAAUAACAGGCUCUGAUGGGGAGGAUCUGCCACUGCAUCAUUUUCAUGAAUCAGCACAUGAACAACUGGACCAGACUAGUAAAGACAAUGUGUUGUUUGUUGUUGGAAAUCCCGAAGAGCAUGUCCAAGUAUAUUCUUGCUAA